AUGCCAGACCUCACCAGUCUCCCACCCGAAAUCCUUUUCACCAUCCUCUCCUACACGGAGCCAAACCUCAACCCCACCCUCUCCACCUACCCGCUCAACACCCUCGCCGCAACAAACAAGCAUCUCAACGCCAUCGUCGAAGAAUACGCGCGCAACCUCCUCAAACGCCACGCCGACAUCGUCCUACCGAAGAAUACGCGCAUAUACACGUGCCGUCGAAAAUGGCUGGGCGACAUGUGUUACUUCUGCAAGAAAAAGACACAGCGGAAAGCGUGUCUCUACAAGAGCGUGGCAUGUUGCCUGGGGUGCGAUAAGAAGGAGUAUGAGAAGAUGACAAUGACACAAGCCAUGCAAUCCACACAGCUCUCUAAACUUGACCUGUUUACCCCGUCGCCAUUAUACCUCGAUCUCCCUCCUUUGGUAACAGCACCAUACCCGAUCAUGGGCGCCGCAUGCAUCAUGCUAUCCGCCCCCGAUGUUCGCGCCCGCGCCGCACACAUACGAUCCCAGCUCGGCGACGCAGCGCGCGACGAAAGCUAUAUGCGCAAUCGCCGCGCGAAACACGACCGUAUUGUUAAACAUUUGGGUAUCACGUACGAGCCCACUGUGGGGUGGUAUGUGUGCUCGGACCCGUCGCGCAAUGGGGAUGGGGAGGUGCUGGGGAAGGAGAAGGAAAAGAAGAAGAUACCGGGUAGUAUGCGCUCGGAAGAGGGUAGGAUAGCGUAUGCAGAGAAGGCGUUGGAGGAGGAGUGGAGGGCGAUAGGGAUGGGUGGGUUGGUAGCGCGGGAUGCGGAUUAUAUGGCUUGUGUGAGAGGGCGGCGAGGAAGAAGAAAGGAGAGAGAGAUCGUGAUUCUGGACUAG